AUGAAUAGCUCGUACCUGAUCAAGAAUGCGACAGUCGUGUCGAUCGACCCAACAAUCGGCAUCCAGGAAAAUUGCGAUGUCUUCAUUCACAACGGGACCAUUGAAGCAGUUCAGCAGGGAAUAAAAGCACCAGAAGGCGUCGACGUUAUUGACGGUAGCAACUGUAUCGUCUCUCCAGGAUUCGUGGACACCCAUAGACACACCUGGCAAACACAACUUCGCACUGUAUGCUGCGACCAUGUCCUGACAGACUAUGUCCUAGCCAUCCGAAACAAGUACGGCUCAUGCUAUACGGCGAGAGAUGCAUACUUGGGCAACUACGGCGGCGCUCUCGAAUCCAUCGACAAUGGCAUCACGUUCUUGAUCGAUCACUCUCACAUCAUGAACUCGCCCGAGCACGCGGACGCAGCAGUCAACGGUCUGAAGGACUCGAAGAUACGGGGAGUAUUCUGCUAUGGUUUGUUCAAGAAUCCGCCGUGGAAUGGAUCGACCCUGGACUAUGAGAAGGAGGUGAAUACACCGAAUUGGAGGUUCGACGAUGCUCGGCGGGUCAGAGACGUACACUUCAAGUCCAACGAACCUCACGAUGUUCUCCGAUUCGGCUUCGCGCCUGCUGAGCUCGAGCGCUGCACUUACGAGGAAGCCAUCCAGGAAAUUGAGCACGGACGAUCCCUAGGCAGUGCUGUCAUAACUGGCCACAUUGCGAUGGGUAAGUACGAUACGAAGCACCACCUCGUACGGCAUUUCAACGAGAAGCAGAUCCUUAAGAAUGAUCUCCUUUUCAGUCAUGGCGCCAGUCUCGCGAGUGAUGAGUUGGAUGCCAUCCAUGCCUCUGGCGCAGCCAUUUCGGUGACGCCUGAUACGGAGAUGCAGAUGGGAAUGGGCCAUCCCGUCGCUUUCAAGGCGCGAGACCACGGCUGUACAGCCAGUUUGGGUGUCGACAUUGUGUCCAACAAUCCGGCCGAUAUGUUCCAACAGAUGCGCCUUGUUCUGCAAGCUCAACGUCACCUGGAGAACGAAGCUCAGGAUAAGCCACUCUCACAAGUGGCAAGGCGGUGUUAUGAUGUCCUCGAGAUGGCGACACAGGGCGGAGCAACAGCAGUCGGACUAGGAGAAAUCAUUGGCAGCAUUACACCUGGCAAGCGGGCAGAUCUCCUCAUCACGAAAUGCGAUUCUCUCAGGUUGUCCGGCGUGCCCGACCCCGUGGCAGCAAUUGUCAUGUAUGCGAACGGCUCGGAUAUCGACACUGUAUUCAUUGAUGGUGUAGUUGUCAAAAGCGGAGGCAGAUUGACUGGUGUGGACAUGCCAAAGGUCCUGAAGGAUCUGCGGGAUUCUGCUGAGGGCAUCAUGGAACGGUCCAAACGUGCUCCCGUCCACGAGGUUGAGGCAGCAGCAGCCGCACUAAUGCGUGGCGAGCAGUACGGUGGCGUGAAAUACUCGAUUUGA